GGUGGGAAGCCAGAGGACCGGCUCCGAGGGAGGUUAUAAAAGGCAGGAGCAGGUCGCUGAGCAAGGGGGAGGGUGAAAGGUACCUGCCCGGCUCCCCGCAGCCCCACCAGACCUGGACACGCUCCUCUGCACGAAGCCCAGAGGAUUUUAUCCCUGACGGCAGAAGGAGUCCAGUAGGAGUGGGGACCGCUGCCAACCAUGCCCCGGGGAGCUGGGCGCAGUGGGGGUUAAGGAUGGUGCCCAGCCUACGUCCUGCCCUCCUCCUCCUCCUGCAGGCAUUUCUCCUAUGGGAUAGCCCAGUUGCAGCCUCCAUCCAAGAGCAGUACUGUGAGAGCCUGCCGCCUGUCACAAACCACACAGGUCCCCAGUGCAACGCCUCCGUAGACUUGAUCGGCACGUGUUGGCCCCGUAGUGCGGUGGGACUGCUGGUAGCUCGCCCCUGCCCCGAAUAUUUCUAUGGCGUACGGUACAACACCACAAAUAAUGGCUACAGGGAGUGCCUCGCUAACGGGAGCUGGGCAGCACGGGUCAACUAUUCCCAGUGCCAGGAGAUCCUCAGCGAAGAGAAGAAGAGCAAGCUGCACUACCACAUUGCCGUCAUCAUCAACUACCUGGGGCACUGUGUCUCGCUGGGGGCCCUUCUCGUGGCUUUCGUCCUCUUCAUGCGCCUGCGGAGCAUCCGGUGCCUGAGGAACAUCAUCCACUGGAACCUCAUCACAGCCUUCAUCCUACGCAAUGCCACGUGGUUCGUGGUGCAGCUCACGAUGAACCCAGAGGUGCACGAGAGCAACGUGGUCUGGUGCCGCUUGGUCACUGCCGCCUACAAUUACUUCCAUGUCACCAACUUCUUCUGGAUGUUUGGCGAGGGCUGCUACCUGCACACGGCCAUCGUGCUCACCUACUCCACCGACAAGCUCCGCAAAUGGAUGUUUAUCUGCAUCGGCUGGUGUAUCCCUUUUCCCAUCAUCGUCGCCUGGGCCAUCGGGAAGCUGUACUACGACAACGAGAAGUGCUGGUUUGGGAAGCGAGCAGGAGUUUAUACCGACUACAUAUACCAAGGCCCCAUGAUCCUGGUGCUUCUGAUCAACUUCAUCUUUCUGUUCAACAUCGUCCGAAUCCUCAUGACAAAGCUUCGAGCUUCAACCACGUCAGAGACGAUCCAGUACAGGAAAGCAGUCAAGGCCACGCUGGUGCUGCUGCCCUUGCUGGGAAUCACCUACAUGCUGUUCUUCGUCAACCCGGGGGAGGAUGAGAUCUCCAGGAUUGUCUUCAUCUACUUCAACUCCUUUCUGGAGUCCUUCCAGGGCUUCUUUGUCUCUGUUUUCUACUGCUUCCUGAACAGCGAGGUCCGAUCAGCUGUACGGAAGCGGUGGCACCGAUGGCAGGACAAGCACUCCAUCCGCGCCCGCGUGGCUCGGGCCAUGUCCAUCCCCACCUCCCCGACCCGCGUCAGCUUCCACAGCAUCAAGCAGUCCACGACUGUCUGAGGCGGGAGCGAGCUGCCGUACGGGAUGGGGGAGCUGGUGUCCCUGUUGUGUGGGGCCCCUGACAUGGCACAGCACAGGAGCCAGAUCCUGCCUGCACCCACCAGUCUUGCAGAGGGCGUACAAACUCACUGCAGCUAUAGGAAACCCUACAGAAGCUCCUGUCCCAUUUGCUGGGGCAGAUCUGUAGGCUAGGACAGCUGAGAUGCUGCUUUGUCAUCUCCCAGGCAGCGGUGUGACCUGCUGGGGUGGCAGAAGGAGCCAGAGGAGCCCAGAGAGGUUGCAGCAGCCUCCCUGCCUGCCUCCAUCCUAGGCACGAUGCCCUGUGUCCCAUUGCUGUCUCUCUCGAGUUUGCCACUGUUUUGAGGUGACAGGACAUUGCUGGGACGGCUUAUGGGGCUAAGCCUUGGGAAGCUGGGUGAGCUUUCCAAUAAGUGCAUGCUGCGGUGCUGCUGGGAUGGGGGAAGCCCUCUGGGUUGAUGGGGGAUGGAUGGAGAGUCCUGGACUUGUGGCAGACAAUGCUAUACGUGGCUGUUUUUGUACCACUGGGGUUAUCCGAGCCCUUCCCCAGCCCCUUGCUAGGUGCCUGGGGUGGCCUGUAACUGCUGCUUGGUCUGACCAGGUCAUUUCUCAUCUUGACACUGAGGAUGUGAGGCAGAGAAAUGGGG